CGCGUCGAGGAAUCAUAAAUUGCGUCGUGCUACCAAGACCUACCAAGCUAAACCUUGGUAGCUGAAAAGCGACCGAAAGAACUGCAUGGUAACAUUUAUGCUGAUUUGACCCCGGAAAACACGUGGCCAAAACUUUCGCGCCAAAAGCAGUCCCUCGAGGACACCCUACCCAAUCUAACUCAAAACAGACUGGAACGUCCUGGGUUGCAGACUGCCAAAUCUGUUAGCCACCACGCAAUCAUUUCUGGUCAUUUUAGAGCAACUGUGUAAAGUUAAGAAACAUGAAGUGUCUUGGGUGUAAGGUAGAGAAGCUGUCAAAGGAGUUCCCAUCAGUUACAAUACUGGACUCAUGCUAUCAUCCUCCACUUCACUGCUUCAGGUGUCUGAUCAAAGUAGUUGAGCAACAGAAGAAGUGCCCACACCCAACCUGCCAAGCAGAAGUGCCUGGUAACUGUGUGAGGCUGAAAGAAUUCCAGGCAACAGUAAACCGGCUGUUUGCAGAGUACACCAGUACCUCUACUGUGGACUACACUACUGCGGCAUUGGGAGCAUCGGGAGGGGCGAAGGUGAUCUCUGUGGUGAUGAUGAAUGGAGAGAGCAUCAGUCUGUCCUACAACCCUUCCACAACAAUUCAUCAGAUAAAACUGCAAAUCCAGAAGCAGCUUCACCAUAAUGUGGAGAAACAACGGCUCAUUUACAAUGAAGUGGAGUUGAAGACAUACGCCAACAGUGGACAACUGGCCACAAUGGGGGACUAUGGAGUACAGCCCCACAGCACUGUACACCUCAUCAUCAUGCUGUAUGCCAUCCCAGAGCACUUCAACCACGUCAUCUUUGAUCUGUUCUGGGGGUAUCCUUAUAAAGGGCGUGACUAUUUGGAUGCCUCUUGCUUGCUGUUCAGUGGUACAUCCUUUAUCGCUGUCAUUGAUUAUGGUCAUACAUUCUACCAUGGUGGUGUCAUCCGCCAUUCAGGAGAUGUUAUGGAUGACUAUAACAGGAAAGGCCAUCACACUAUUAAUGUUAAGCUCAAAGAAAUACCCUCAAAUAUCACUCACAUGUUCUUCACCCUCAGUGCUUGGAGCUCCCCAAACAUUUCCAAGUAUCCCAAUCCAAGUCUUAGGUUCUUUGAAGCUUCCAACAAGAAUAAGCAACUGUGUAGCGAUCAAAUGAACCAUGCUGCCCAUUCUCAGGCCAUUGUCAUGUGCUCUGUCUCACGCAAAACUGGGGUGUGGAAAAUUGACAGUUUGGGAACCUUGUCGCAAGGAAAUGCAAUGAACUAUGAUUCCCUAAAAGCUACCAUUCGCAAGCUGAUUCAACAGGGUGUUUAGAAUACAUACUGCUGUUGCAGUAAUUGCUGUCACAAUCAGGAAAACAGUAAAACUAUUGGACAGUUUUGGACCAAAAUGAU